AUGACAACAGUGGAAGAAAUACUCGGGGGACUGAAUUUAGAUAAUUUACCCUCAAGAUUAUUUUUUUACGGUCUAUUUGAAGGGAGCACAGGGACCUAUGAAGAUGAGUGUGCGAGGAAUAUAAAGGGGAUUCUAAGUAAAGUAUCUGGUGCAGAAGGUCCUGAUGAUAAAAUUAUGAAAGGGGUGUACUAUGUAUCCGAAAAAUACGGGAAGCACGAAUGGUUUAAUGCAGAUCGUUGUACACCCUUAUAUUAUUGGAUAGGGGACAAAUUAUCUCAGAGCUCAAGAUAUGGUAGUUCAUUUCCGGAUAUUAUGAGUUUAAUUUGCGAAGAACUGCGAAAUUCGUAUGCUGCACAUGGGUGUAGAAUUACUUGUAGCACGAUAGGCAGGAACAUUAUGGGGAGUAGGAAAGUAAUAUAUGAUUACCCCCUGGAUAAUGGAACUAUUCAGGGACAACUACUUAUUGAUGAAUCUCUUUGUAAUGAGAAAUAUAGGAGCUACGUACAAGUCAUUGCUGCCGCUUAUAAUAUUAUAAGUAACGAUUGUACAACGAAUGUUGAUGAGUAUUGUAAGAACUUUAAAGGACAGUAUGGAGAAAAUAGCCAUUGGGAAGUAUCCAAAUCAGACUGUAAAUUAACAAAAACUUCAAAACCUGUAACAAGUAUGGAUGUCCAAGUUUCUCUUGAGGGACAGGGACCAAAAGGAACUAUUUCGUCACCUGAAAACAGCAACAACAUCACAACCACUGUUAUAUCAUCCAUACUUCCCAUAACAAUAGGCCUUCCAUUCGCUGCUUUUAUGUUAUAUAAGGUACAAUUAUAA